AUGUUUCGUUUCGAUGAGGAAAUCCUGGAAUCUUGGGGUCCAGCAGUUUGGGGACUUAUCUUCGACAGAUUGCAAAGUGGAAACGUCAAAGGUGGUGUGCUUCAGGUUGCCUGGCCAGUCAACGUCGACAAGAAAACAGCAGCCGAGCAGAUCCAAUGGGCCACCAAGUUACCUCUUCCCCAGUUACCUCAGAAGGCACUCGAGACCAUAUUUGAUAGGAUGGUUGGUUUCUCAUUGGGAGUUCGAUAUAUGGAUGAAAAGAAGAUCCACGCUAUGCAUGGACUCGUAAAAGACAAUGGUCCCCUCAAAUCAAGUGUGGAAAGAUGGUUCAAGCGUCCUGGUACUGUCGAAAAAUGGAAGGAAUUGAUCCGAUCCUACACGACUUAUGAAGAUGCAAUGGGCCAUUUGUCGGACUGCACUACAUUCCCAAGAGAAACGGAUAACCAUCCAUUCAAGACCAAUCCUGCAUACGAUGCCGCUAUGCAAUGCUCUUUGUGUUUAGAGUUCCUGGUUUAUUUCGGUAUUGUCACACCCAAUGGCUAUGACUUAUCAGGAAGAAGCUGGCUUGAGGCAGGAUUGAAUGGUCCCAAUCUGGAUUUGCUCACGUUCAUGGUUAGCAAUGCCGAUCCUCACCAUCUGAUCAAACCCAGGGAUAUCAGAGAAACCCGUCAGAACCACAUCCUUCUCUCACUAGUCGGUGUUGGGGCGUUUUCUCAAUUUGUGAUUGCCUUGAGCAGACUACGCCAGGCAAACCUCGUGCCGGCCGAGGAACUUCGCACAAUCUUCCACGAAGCAGCGAUGCAUGAGUUCUGCGCUGUCGCACCCGUCGCCGUGGCUGAAUCACUCUAUCAACACGGAGUCAACAUCGGAAACGUCGAGCAUCAGUACCACGAAAUCGGCGGACAGCUAGAAUCCUCCUGGCAUAUCGCAGCAGCCUUCAACCCCGCUGGAGGCGAGUUCAUGGCCUGGCUCGAUAAAUUUUCCAUGCUCAACGCAGAGGUCCGAAACUCGGAAAACAUGAACCCGCUGAUGUACGCGGCAUGUUUCGACGAGCCGGCCUCAAUCGACUGGCUGUGCAAGAAAUGCGAUCCCACGCAGCCCAGAUUAGACGGAGGCCCGCAAGGGUACGCCUUGAUCUGCGCGGCUCGAAGCUCAUACCUUCACAGCGGCGAGAUAUUUGCCAUUAUCCUCUCACAUCUACCAGAUGCAAUAUUCACUAACCAAUACGGCAAGAUCUACGCCACCGAGAUCGCUGAAGGGCUCGCAUCCCACAGGCGCAAGCUCGCCGACGGCCGAAUCAGCGAGCCCACGCAGGAGGUGAUGGACCUUCUCGGAGUGCGCAAGAUGCAAGCUCUUGUCCGUCGUCUGUCGAAUGACUGGGCUGGCAGUGAAUGGCACCUGGCGUUGGAGGCGUACCUUCGCGAUAACGAUCUGGAUGUCCUCAAAUUCAGCAUCGGUACAGGGAAGCGGCUGCUCCGGAGCACCACAUCGCGGGAGACCUCGCGUCGCUUAGACGCAAGCUUCCCCCGAGCCCCAAGUUCCGCAGAUCUUCUGUACACGAGGUACUACUGA